GCGAAUGGAGCCAUGAAGCUCAUCGCGGCAGAGACAGUAAUAGCGUAGCCAUCAUGGGAGACGAUGAUCGGAAGAAGAGAAGCAGAGAGAUGGAGAAAGCGAUUCUCGAGAAGGUCAGGCAAGUCACGGCCGCCAUCGACGGCGCCAAGCACGCUGACGAAGUCAUAUGCGCCCUCUACUCCCUCGGUGUCCUCCUCUUUCCUAUAGACUCCCGUGCCCUCUCAGGCGUGGUUGCUCAGCGGUACAGAUACGAGGUGCUCGGUGCCGAAGUACCUUCUGAAGAUGAGAGGAGUCGUUGGUGGUUGGCGUUCUACCAGGGAGCUGCAUUUCCUACCCUGGCUAGGGUUUUGCUAUAUGAUGUUGCUACCAAUUGGCUAGCUUGUUUCCCACUUUCUGCAAGGAGACAUGUAUAUGAUGUGUUCUUUGUCAAUGGGUGUAUGAUGGAAGUUGUUCAGACUGUAGUUCCUUGUUUACAGAAAAAUGGAAGUGGGAGUCUUGAUAUUAAUGCCGUGCAUUCAAAUGUUGAGAGAGUUCUUGCACUUUGCUUGCUUGAGAAUGAUGGCAUACUCCACUUGGCUAGAGAAUUUCGUGGAUCCUGUCAAGCUGAAGAUAUUGGCAUUGGACCACGUAGUUCAACAAUUUCUAGGGUGGCACAGCUUGUGACAUCUAUCCCUGACAAAGCACAAUUGAGGAAGUCCAAUUCUCUUUCAUCUCACUUGUUCUUUAAGCAGAUUACCAUGCAAUUUAUUGCUGGUGCAGAAGAAUGGGAUGCGAAUAUAUGCAAUAAAGAAUCUAUCUUCAAUGGAAAUGACAUGGAUGGUACCAUACAGUUUGUUGGAGAAUCAUUUGCUCGCAUUUGCCGACGAGGGUCUGCAGAUGUGCUGUUAAAUCAAGUGAUUCCACAUGUUCUUAGGCAUGUAAGAAGCACCCUAUUCUCAAAUGAUGGUGUGAUUGGUAAUGAAGUAUUGGAGACAAAGCCAGGUUCUCGAUUUUGGUUGGUGUUGAUGGAAGCAAUUAAAGACCUUUAUGCUGUGGAAAGAUUGUCUGAACAGCUAUUGCAUUGGCUAGCUGCUGAACAUGUUACUGAUGUUGAAGCUUACUGGAUUCUUUGGAUGUUGUUCCAUCAGAUUUGUGAACAUCAAAACACUAUCAGGUCCAUGUUUGUUGAAAAGUUUUUACUCUGGAAAGUGUUUCCCGUCUGUUGCUUGAGAUGGAUUCUCCAAUUUGCUGUCCUUGAAUUCCCUCCUGAUUCAACUUUGCCAACAAAAGGUCGUGAAGGUCGGAGUCUCUUGGACAUUGCACAGCAUCUUGCAGUGGUAUGGGCUAAGAAAGAGUUUGUGCAAUCAGCCCCACUGGAGCAACAAGCUUAUGUAACAUCAGCCCUUGGUCUUUCGCUAGAGAAGAUGUCAAAAGAAGAUCUAGAUGCAACCAAGGAUGUGAUGCGGUCGAUUCUGGAAGGAGUUAGCUGCAGGCUGGCGAGUCCUAUCCAUUUGGUUCGAAGAAUGGCAAGUAGUAUUGCUUUAGUAUUCUCUAGAAUAAUAGACCCUGAAAAUCCACUGUAUCUUGAUGACAACUGCACUGGUGAGACCAUUGACUGGGAGUUUGGGUUAGCAACCCCUGAGAAAGGGACAAAGACUACCUCACAAAGCAUAGAUAAGGAUAUUAACGAGGAAAAAACAUGUAAUUCUUUGUUACCAGAAGAGUUUAACAAUGCAGCCAAUAGUAGUAGGGUGGGUGGCAGUGGCAAUGCUAGGAAGAAGAAACUAUCUGAAUUUAAGUUGGUUGAUCCUGAUGAGAUUAUUGAUCCAGCUGCACUGAAUAAUGAAGCAUAUUCUGUUGGAGAAGAAGAGGAGGAUGAUGAUGUGAGUGAGAAUUCUGAAACUUCAGGUGAUUCAUCUUUACAACCAUAUGACUUAUCAGACGAUGACACAGAUUUGAAAAGAAAAUUGUCACAUUUGGUUGAUGUGAUUGGAGCUCUUAGGAAAUCUGAUGAAGCUGAUGGUGUUGAAAGGGCUCUUGAUGUUGCUGAAAAGCUUGUUCGUGCAUCACCUGAUGAGCUAAGGUAUGUAGCAGGUGAUCUGGUCAGAACUCUUAUACAGGCCCGUUGCUCUGAUUCAACCAUAGAAGGGGAAGAAGAAUCAGCUGAAGAAAAGAGGCAAAGAUCCCUGGUUGCAUUGGUUGUCAUGUCUCCAUUUGAAUCUCUUGAUAGCCUCAACAAACUCCUAUAUUCACCUAAUGUAGAUGUCAGCCAGCGGAUUUUGAUAUUGGAUGUCAUGGCAGAUGCUGCACAGGAGCUUGCUAAUAGUAAGAUCAUGAAACCAAAACAUCAGUCAAGGAACCUCAUAUCAACCAUUUCUGAGACUCAACCUUGGUUUAUGCCAAGUAGCAUAGGGCCUCCUGGAGCUGGUCCCUGGAAAGAGGUAUCAAGAAUAGAAACACCAUUGAAUUGGUCAUACUCCUAUGAGAGAGAACUUCCCCUUAGACGGGGUCAAAUCAAGAGAGGGAAGACACGUCGGUGGAGCGUCAGGUCAUCAAAUUUACAAGGAAAUCAGAUGGAAUUGUCCCAGAAUAAGUUUCCUCAGUAUGCAGCAGCGUUUAUGCUUCCAGCUAUGCAGGGGUUUGAUAAGAAAAGGCAUGGUGUUGACUUGAUUGGUAGGGAUUUUAUUGUCCUGGGGAAGCUUAUCUAUAUGCUUGGUGUGUGUAUGAAAUGCAUAGCCAUGCACCCAGAAGCAUCUGCCUUGGCUUUCCCCUUGCUGGAUAUGUUAAGCUCUAGGGAGAUAUGCCAUCACGCAGAAGCAUAUAUCAGAAGAUCUGUUCUUUUUGCAGCUUCGUGCAUAUUGUUGGCUCUUCAUCCCUCUUUCGUGGCAUCUUCCUUAAUGGAAAGAAACCAUGAAAUUUCUAAAGGUCUAGAGUGGGUGCGCUCAUGGGCGCUUCAUGUUGCCGAAUCAGACACAGAUAGAGAUUGCUACACGUUGGCUGUAACAUGUUUGCAACUCCAUGCUGAGAUGGCCCUCCAAGCUUCUCGAAUACUAGAUUCAGCUGAAAGUACACUUACGGCCAAGAGCAUUGAUAAACCAAUGGAUCUGCUGAAGGGGACAAUUAAAAUUCCUCACUCAAGUGUGACAUACAGGAUAGGGAACUGAGCAAACCUAUUUUAACCCUUGAAUCUAUAGGCUUGCUGAGAGGAAGUGCAAUGUAUAUGGGAGCAGAUUUGGCCUGAAACUCAGGUUUCUUCUGCUCCUGUAGGCUGUUGUAGGAGUUGUGGUACAGGACAGGAGGAAUACAUACAUGCUUUGGCUUGGAAUGUCAGUCUUUGGAAGAGGAUUAAGCUACUAAAUGAAUAAUAGAAAAUCCUACUAGCAAGUUGCCGAAAUGCAAUUCUUUUCUUUGCCUUUCAGCUGAUGUACUGAAAUUACAGGAUAGGAUAUAACUUAACAGUUCACUCUCUUUUCUGGGUAGCCCGAUACAUAGAUAGAUAUUCACGAUCCAUAUGGUGAUUAUCGGGAUCCAGAUGGCCAUAGCUCACCGCCCUCGGAUCUUCCACUUAGCGUAUGAAAGCAACUAUACCUUUUACUUAAGAGAGGUGGUAUUUUUGUGGAAUAAUGAUAUGAGACAAAAGGAGAAAAAUGUCCAUUUUACUCUUAUUUGAGUCUAUCCAUCAGUGUGAUUGUUAAAUUCAAGUAGGAGAAAAAUGGACAUUUUGCUCAUUCGACUUAAUUGUUUGACGUUCACAUUGACCAAAAUAUUAUUACUCAUUUUAUAUUUCCUUUAGUUUUCUUACUUGUCAACAAAAUAGUUAUUAUUGCUGUGUUUAGAAUCCCGAGCAAUGGAAGUUAAAUGAAAAAAAAAAGAAGGAGAAGGAAAUAAUUAUGCAAGGCUUUAAUUAUUUUAAAAUUUUUUAUUUGCUUUUCCGUUAAAAUGAUUAGCAUUAGCGAGUUAAAGUUGAUAUACUCUGUUUAAUUUAGUACAAUUAAGAUUUGGUUUCAUUAAAAACAUUUAAACGAAGCACCCAAUUAACAGAAAAAGUAAAAAUUAAAAUCUAUCUAAACAAUGCCUUUUAACUUUGUUGGGGGCGAGAUUUUGGAUCGCGGGCCUGACAGGAUUGGGCCUAGUUUAGGCGCAAUAUAGGGCCCAGUACGAAAGUUUGCGAAAUGCGCGCUCCCGCUCCUUUAGAUAGCCUAGUUGCCGCGUUAAUGGCCCCCAAAAGUUUCAAACCAGCAAUAUAUAU